GGCGAAGCCUCGUUCCUCUGGUCGCGGCGUACCCCUAAUAGAGAAGUCUGGAUCAGUCAGGCGUACGGUGCCGGUUUCUGGAAGCAGAUCACAAGUCUUCGCACCAGCGCUCGGGGAGCGGCGGCGGCCGGUGAGAGCUUUGGUACCGAUGCCUUAGGGAUGCGCGUUGAAUCUGCUUCAGGUGAGACCCGCAUUUGAGGCGGAGAAAGCUAUAAGAAGCGAAAACCCGGUUCCGCCCCUCCAUCUCUUACUUGUAUUUCCUCCAACUUUGUGGCGUACGAGGGUGUUCCAGGCGAUUCACACUACCACUGCCGAGCUGUGAUGUAGCGACGGGGGAAACCCCGCACUCGUGGCCGCCGUUUGGGCGAUCCAGGUCGCCUCCUCCCCAAUCCAUCGUCCAUCUCCGUCUUCUUUCCUCCCCUUUCCCCUAUCUUAACCCACCAGAUCUAAGCCUUCCGUUUCAUCUCCCUCUUCCUCUUCUCGAUCCAAUUCAUCAAUUGCUUCCUUUCUUGAUGCGUCUGAGCCAUGGCGUCCUUCCGUCGAGCUCUCUCGGCGGCUAGCCACAUCCACAACGAUCGGUCCCUCCACAAUCACACCCUCCCUUCUUGCAUUUCCACCAGUCGCCAUCACCCCCACUCCUGCUGCUCUUUCUUUGCGGUUCGCCGGCUGUUCGAGGGCGUCUUCCUCCGGAAGCCCUUCCGUGGCAAGCCGCUGCCGCCGCAGCAGCACCAGCACCACCACAAUUCAUGGAAGAGGUACCUCUCCCGCUUGCUCCUCUUCUUCCUCCUCGGCUUCGUCUUCGGCCUCUACCCAUUCGCGGAGCUUGACGACUUCGUCUUGCGGCCCCACCACUUCUCCUUUGAUUCAUCGCCCUCCAUCAGCCGUAACGGUAGCCUUCCGCGCCGUGAUCUCGCGGCAGUCCUCCGGCCCGGCGACGCAGAGAUCGAGAUCGUGCGAUCUGAUGACGGCCACCGGUACUCGAACGACGAGCCCCUUCCGAACGUCCUACCGGAUCCAUCGCCGCCUAGGAAUAAGUUGCUGAUCGUCGUGACGCCCACGUACAACCGCGCCUCCCAGAGCUACUACCUUAGCCGCCUGGGCCAGACGCUGCGGCUGGUCCCGCCGCCCCUCCUCUGGAUUGUGGUGGAGAUGAACGCGGCCUCGAUGGAGACCGCAGAGAUUCUCAUGGGCACUGGCGUCGUGUACAGGCAUCUCGUCUGCAAGAAGAACUCGACCAAUAUCAAGGACAGAGGUGUCCACCAGCGGAACACCGCACUUGAGCACAUCGAGCGGCAUCGUCUGGAUGGGAUCGUGUACUUUGCGGACGACGAUAACAUCUACUCGCUCGAGCUGUUCGAGGAACUGAGGGAGAUCAGGAGAUUUGGUGUUUGGCCUGUUGCAAUGCUUUCUCAAAGCAAAAAUAAGGCAAUAUUGGAAGGCCCAGUGUGCAAUGGAAGUCAAGUAAUUGGAUGGCACACUAAUGAGAAAAGCAAGAGACUUAGGAGAUUUCAUGUUGAUAUGUCUGGAUUUGCAUUCAAUAGCACCAUACUCUGGGACUACAAAAGAUGGCAUCGUCCAAACUCAGAUGCCAUUAGGCAGCUAGACACGGUGAAAGAGGGUUUUCAGGAGACUACAUUUAUAGAGCAGAUAGUAGAGGAUGAAAGUCAAAUGGAAGGCUUACCAAAUGAUUGCUCAAGGAUCAUGAAUUGGCACCUCCAUUUAGAAGGUGGAGAUCUUGUUUAUCCUGAAGGAUGGCAACUCUCAGGCAACCUUGAUGCCAUUAUUCGCUUAACAGAGAACAUGCAUCUUUUGCAAGGAAAGCACUUUACAUAGGACAAGUUCAAGUCCUAUAACACUUCAGAUAGCAUAGCAGCUGCUCAAGGUUGGGCGAGCACGAUUGAGAUUGCAUUGUAUGUUCCAUUCAAAAAUUCUUUCAAGAUUACAGACCAUCAUUACUGUUAUACUGUUUCGUUUGGGGAUGCUUGGAAGGUAUAUCUAUCCCCAUCUAUGUACAGACUCUUUCAUACGAGGGCUCAGCAUUUUGGGAUAUACUGGUUUUCAUUUUUCUUUUCACCCCCUUUUUCUUCUUGUAAGAAGCUUUUAUUCAGCUCCAACAUUUGUGUUCGAUAAAUAUCUGUGCUCUCAACUUGUUUCUCUAUAGCUUGCUGAUCAGUAGUUCCUCUUGCUAGUUAAGGAUAUCUGUAGAAGUUGGCCUUCAGAAUGAUGCAGCCAGUAUGAAAUUGGAGAGUUUGACUUCAUUGAUCUCAAAUUAUCUAGUUAAGAAUCCCCUCAGAGGAAUCAUUGGACAUUCAAACUAUACCGUGCAAGUGUAUGGGAGUUGAAAAUUUAUAGGCUUCAUGACUUAUUGCUAUGUUAUAUAUCACGUUCUUAUGGAAGAACGUGCAUCGUCUUUCUUGAGUGAUUAGUGCAUUAUUAUACAUGUAAUAAGUCUUACAUUUGAAUUCAUGUUUAAAUAUCUUUUCUUGUAGGCUGUUUAAUAUAAUAUUGUUUUUCUUAUCAUUUUUUCUUUAAUGGGCAUCAGCAACAUUAAGGUAAGAGUAUAGAAGCAGACAUCGUGUUUGUUCACUGCAUAUCUUGCAACAUGUAGGCUAUGCUAUAAAUCUUCCUCUGAAAUUAAAAA